AUGGUUGACUUGAACAACCUAACCGUCGGCUACGUGUCCGGUAUCAUCGCCGCUGCCAUUUUCGUUGUCCAGAUAUUCGUUCCUACAGCCUUACCUGUCAUUCUUCUUGGGCUGCUCAAUGAAAACCAUUCGGCUGCAACUGCAACGGCGGUUGGAUGGUCUGUUGUCGGUCGAUUCCUGCAUUCCUCCUACUGGCCCACCAUUCUCUCUGGAGACACUGCGGCGACCUCACAAGUCCCUGCGCGCGUGGUGACCAUCUCCGCCCUGAAGUCAUUCUUCACCAUCUUGAUCGGCGUGGCGGCCAUUGUUACCCCUCUUGGUCUCUACCAGGACAUCAUCUCGAGCAACACAGAAACCACAUCCGCUUUUCAUUAUAUUGCAGACAAGUCAGAAUUUGGUCUUGGAACUCCCCCAAGGACCUACCUCCCUUGGAGCCGUAUCUGUGGGGGAUGGACCCCAGCCAAUUGUCCGAACUCGCCUGAGACCAUAACCUAUUUCACUAAUGCCACGGGAGAAUACUUUUCAGCAGAUUACUACGACUCCCAUGUACCUCAAUAUGUCAUUGAUGUGUUCGGAAGCGGCCUCGCGACCCAACCCAAAUCCGUCUCGAGCAUUUGGGACAUCCAGUCACGAUCGUACACUUGGUCGCAAAUCAACGACAAUCCUAGCGCACUAGUAGCAGACAAUGGAUCGGCCUACCCUGUCACUGCAUACCGACAGAUUUCUACCAUGGUCUUGGAAGAUGACUAUCUUGCCAUUGAAGGCCUGGUGGUGGACAUGAAGAACGGCGGAAUCGGUUUCAGGAAUCACAGCGCACCACCCGUGUCGCCGUUCGGCAGCGCAUGGUCUGAAGACCUGCUGUUCGUGGAGCCCGAAUCGGUCUGUGUCGAUACGAACCUCACUCUGGACUUCACCAUCCCCGUAUACACUAGCUUUGGGAGACAAGUCUCGGAUCUGGUGCUGACAGAUCGAGGGGGCUUUGCGAACCUCAUUCAAAAGUAUCCACUUUGGGACCGCGAGGACACGCAGAAAAACCCAGACCUCUAUUUGCGCGCAUACAAGGCCGCUUGGAUCAACAAUGCGUGGUCCAUGGCGUUUAUGAACGUGACCAAUUUUGCCAAUCAGAGCGACCCGGACUCUCAUGCUUUUGAAUACCUCAAUUCUCAUGUGGGAAAGACAUUUCCUCUCAUGUCCUCCAAUACAUCGGGACUCAGCGGCAUGUCCAGUUCUCUGGGCCCUGAUCUUCUCACGACGUCGACGCUUUUCGGGUACUACUUAUCCGGUUUGGAUCAGGGGACGGGGAUAUACGACAAUUAUAGCUCUUCACUCAAUCUAAGCACCUCCAGCACUCCAUCAGUUCCGCCGCUAUAUUCAAAUCCUUUCAAGAUCACUCAGUCAAACUUUUCUAGUGCCGAACUUCUUUGUCAAGGCGCCGGUGGUCAGGAUAUUGCGAACAUCACUAAUUUUGCCGCCGCAUGUGGACUGCUCUAUGGAGCACCUCGGCGGAGAGGCGGGAGCGAGUCAGUCGUCUUCGAGCCCGGCUCCAAGUGGACUAUCCCGUUGUACUCUUGCAUUUCGACCUCGAAAGCCGUGAUCAAGACCGUUUCCUUCCGCUUCAACGGAAGCGACGAUCUCUCUGGGCUAACCAUCACCAACAUAACCAACAAGGUCUACCCCAACGAGACUUCCAAGCCUCUCUGGGGCGUUGAGAAGACAAACAAAGUCCUUGCCGAUGUCCGCGUUUUGUGGGGUCUCCUGUCAGGACCGGACCAAGGCAACGUGAGUGUCACAACAUUACGAAAGGAAUCCCUCUAUCUCCCUGGCUAUGUUGGUGGAGGGGCUGGAGGCCCACUGUCUGUUGGCUAUCAGAACCUGCCGGGCCUCGAUUUUCACGCCGAUGCCCUCGGAGCAAUCUACGACAUCGCCUCCUACGGAAGCACGGGCACUACAGACUAUUCCGGCAGAUCGAAUCUGGCCAUGUAUCGGCUCUGGCAAGACCUCUCGCGCACCCCUGCGACCGCCGCCAGGAUGCUGAAUCUCAUUUGGACGGACGUGGCGGCGAACUCGGUCGUCGGCACGAGAAGUCUGCAACAGCCACUGCAGAGAUCCCUGCAGAAACGCGACGACAGCUCCUCGUCGCAAGGUGGUGACGAGGACCCGACCCUCCUGAUGCCCGUGACCGUGUUCGAGCGACGCGUCAGGUAUCACAUGGUAUACGGCAUUCCGGCAUUCAUGACCCUCCUCGGCACACUGUGCGUCCUCGUCGCCGUCUUAGUCGUCUUGUGUCUGGGCCGAGCCGGCACCGCCAAGAUGCGCAGAUACCUGGACCGGACGUCGCCGGGGCGCCUCAUGACCUCACACGCCACCCUCGACAGUCACACCCAUAUUCACCCGUUCGAGUCCGAUUCGGAGAAAUAUCGCAGCGACACGGGAGGAAGUAGGCGGUCCACUAAGGAUUGGAUCACCACUCAGGGUCGGAGAGAGAUCACGCUUUCUCAGGCCGCGGAUGGCUCCAUCAUCGUGGAGGAUCCGCAGGCAGAGCGUGCACGGCUGCCCGUGGUGGAGCAGGUAACUCGCUUUCCUGACAAGAGCGGCGCACUAACACCUGGGGAGCGUGGGAGUCUAAUGGGCAAUGACCAAUAG